UGCGUGCGGACCACUGCUUCGCAUCCGGCCAACUUGUAGAAAUAGCGACACGCGAUCGAUCUCUUCUGGGUGUUGUGUAGUUCGAGAACCCUCUCCAGCCUCCUCCCGUCCUCGGUCUUCUCGAAACCCUAGCUGCCAUGGACAGAUACCAGAAGGUGGAGAAGCCGCGCCGCCAGCCGGCCGCCAUCAACGAGAACGAGGUCCGAAUCACCACUCAGGGACUCGUCCGUAACUAUGUCAGCUACGCGACGAGCCUCCUCCAGGAAAAGAAUGUUAGAGAGAUUGUCUUAAAGGCUAUGGGACAGGCAAUUAGCAAAGCAGUGGCAAUUGCUGAGAUUAUUAAGAAGAGGUUUCCUGGCUUGUAUCAAGACACUGUAAUCAGUUCAGUCAGUAUCACUGAUGUAUGGGAACCUAUUGAAGAGGGUCUUGAACCUCUGGAGAUGACACGCCAUGUUUCAAUGAUUUCAAUAUCAUUGUCAACUAAAGAGCUAGACACAAAUUCCCCUGGGUACCAGAGUCCCUCGUAUAUAGAACCACCUAAGUAUCAACAAAGAUACCAACAGUCACGACAGUCUCAACAUUACCAGCAGCAUCAGUCAAAUCAGUCACUGAUUCAAAUUCAUGAAGAUUCCUAUGUACGAGGUCGUGGUAGAACUAGAGGUAGUGGUAGAGCAGGAGGAAGAGGAAGAGGAAGAGGUUGGGGAAGGGGAUAUGACAGAUAUGCUGGAUAUGACUACAAUCAACACGGAUAUGACAACUAUGAAAAUGGAUAUGACUAUCAAGGUGGAUAUGGUGAAUAUGGUCAUGAUCAAGAUAAUGGUGGAUGGAAUUCUAACUGGGGCCGAGGCAGUGGACGCAACUCUGGCUGGAAUUACCGUGGCAGAGAAUACAGUGUGAGAGGAAGUGGAAGGGCUGGCGGUAGAGGCUACGGUCGCGCACGAGGAAGGAUAGGCAGCCGGGGAAGAGGAAACCAGUACUAAUAUCCGUUCACUUCCGUAAGUCCCUAAGAGCUGUGGAAUGUGGUUGUGCAAUAGCAGGCUUUGAUGGUAAAAAAGAGUGGAAUGUGUGUUUUCUCAUAUAUUUGUCUAUGCUGCUGGUGCGUAUGCAAAUCAGAUCAUGGUUCCCCCACAUGAUUGUCGAGUUACAACGAAGAGUGAUAAUCUGCUCCUUCUCUUUGUUCAUAUACUUCAACCGAUCGGUAUUGUUGUAUAUGAAAAUUCUAAAUAUGUAAAUAUGAGUAAGUUUUGCUUCCCAGUCUUAUAAUUUGAUCAUACGCUUGCGUUGAA